CGGCGUUUCCUGUCAUAAGCUUGACCUAGCUCUUAUUAGGCUUAUGCGCCAAAAGCUCACGACCCAGAAUCGGGCCCAAAUUCAGAUGCUAAUUCCUGAUUCGGUGGACUUCCGCCUUCAAUCGGGUCUUCACCCAAUGCGCCACUUCCCAGGGAUGGUUGUGGUUCAUUUUGACUCAAUCAAAGUCGGUCUUAGAUUCCCACUUCACCCCUUUUUUGUCUCCCUUUUAAAUUUCUACAAUGUAGUACCAGCCCAAAUAAUGCCGAACUCCUACCGGUCGAUAGCCGGUUUCAUUUGUCGUUGUCACAGUGUCAAUGUCAUACCCACUCUAGAACUUUUCCACUAUUUCUUUUCAGUUAUCCCCCAGCAGUCCCACGGCUUUCUGGUGGUAAGCUCCCGACCAGGACACAUUUUGUUCUGUGAGGCUCCUUCUUCCAUUAAGGGUUGGAAAGAUAGGUUUUUCUUUGUCUCUGUCCCGAACGGUUUGAUCCCUAGGAAGUGGAACGCAUUCCCUCCUAAAUCCCCCGAGCCAUUCAUCUCCGAGGAGCUUAGCAAAGAUGUCAUUGCUGUGGAGGCAGGAGGCUGCUUCAAAAUCAUGUCUUAUCUGACUCCCAAACGGCUAAUUAAGGCCGGGAUAGCUCUAAAGCAAGGCGAAACUUCAGACUCCGAAGGAGCCAAUCCCGAACAACCCGCCAUGGAUGACAGCAGGCUUUUCACCUUUGGUUUUGACGACGAGCCACCAACCUCUCCUCCCAAGCAGCAGAGGAAAACAAAGAGGAAGAGGUUGAGGAAGGCCGAUCAGGGGACAUCCUCC